AUGAUGGCAUAUUCCUGCCACCCUGCCACCACCCUGCCACCCUGCCACCACCCUGCCACCCUGCCACCACCCUGCCACCAUCCUGCCACCACUCUGCCACCACCCUGCCACCAUCCUGCCACCACCCUGCCACCACCCUGCCACCACCCUGCCACCACCCUGCCACCACCCUGCCACCAACCUGCCACCACCCUGCCACCACCCUGCCACCAUCCUGCCACCACCCUGCCACCCUGCCACCAUCCUGCCACCAUCCUGCCACCACCCUGCCAACCUGCCACCAUCCUGCCACCAUCCUGCCACCAUCCUGCCACCACCCUGCCACCACCCUGCCACCAUCCUGCCACCACCCUGCCACCCUGCCACCAUCCUGCCACCAUCCUGCCACCACCCUGCCACCCUGCCACCAUCCUGCCACCAACCUGCCACCACCCUGCCACCAUCCUGCCACCAUCCUGCCACCACCCUGCCACCAACCUGCCACCACCCUGCCACCACCCUGCCACCAACAUGCCACCACCCAGCCACCACCCUGCCACCACCCUGCCACCAUCCUGCCACCACCCUGCCACCCUGCCACCAUCCUGCCACCAUCCUGCCACCACCCUGCCACCAACCUGCCACCACCCUGCCACCAACCUGCCACCACCCUGCCACCAUCCUGCCACCAACCUGCCACCACCCUGCCACCACCCUGCCACCACCCUGCCACCACCCUGCCACCACCCUGCCGCCAUCCUGCCGCCACCCUGCCACCAACCUGCCACCACCCUGCCACCAACAUGCCACCAACAUGCCACCACCCAGCCACCACCCUGCCACCACCCUGCCACCACCCUGCCACCACCCUGCCACCCUGCCACCACCCUGCCACCCUGCCACCACCCUGCCACCACCCUGCCACCCUCGAUUUCAUCAGUAAAAAAAAACUUUUAA